AUGGCUGUCCCCCGGCCAGAGUCACUGCUUUCUGCCCCGCAGCCGCAGCCUCAGCCCAGCUGGCAGGAGCGCUUCGAGGCCCGCUGGGAGCUCAGCCGGAGGGGCGCCCCAGCCCCCAAAGACCCCGACUGGGGGGUCCUCUACGCCCUCAAGCCCUUCCAGAGGAACCUGCUGCGCAAUCCAAACCCAGAAGGUGUGAACACCUCUGAACCUGCUCCUUCGUGUCCCCCCAAAGCCCCUCAGAUGUCUCUGGACCUCCAAGGGACUUUCAGAGGCUGGCAAAUGAACACAGAGCUGCUGGCUGAAGGGAAGGAGGCCGACUUUCCACGCUACAGCUGGAGUGUGAAGCAGCAGGAGGUGGACCUUCUGACUGAGGGACUCUGGGUGGAGCUUCUGGACGUGUACCAGCCGGACAUCACCGUCAUGGACUGGUAUGAAAACAGCAAGUUGGCACCCAGUGUUUAUGAGCUUCAUGUCUGGCUUCUGGGAAGUGACCGGUUGAUGGUGAUUGGUGAAUUUCACUACGUGGCCCACGAAGGCGACCAAAGAGAAGCAGACAAGAACUGGCAUCAUGUUUCCCACGUUUUCAAGCACUACGGCCCAGGAGCACGUUUUGUCCGCUUCUUGCACAAGACCAAGUGUGUGGAGACGCCAUCCAGCUUCCUCCGGACCAGAGCGACAGAUAGCAGUGUCUCUGUGCAGUUGCGGGAUUGAG